UUCCCAGGAAAAUUCCCUCAAGGACUGUAUCCCACUGUACUGCUGCAUUUGCUGGUCUAUCCUGGGACAGGACAUACCCAGUUUGUUUACAUAGAAAUAAAACAUUCAAUAAAUAUAAUACAAAAACACGUACAAAUAAACAUAGAGACACGUUGUUGUCGUUCCCACUCAAAAGGGGAGUGACUAGUUACGAUACUCAAUCGAAAGCUAGGGCCGUACACCUGGGGCAGCCGACGACUUUGGGCGUUGCGUGUGCUGCAGUUAAUGCCAACCUUCAGCCGAGAAAACACAGAGAGAAACUCUUGGAAAUGAUCUAUCUGGUGUCCAUCGCUGUCGCUUUCUUUUGCAUCUAUGUGGUGAAGCUGCUGCUGCGAGCAGAGCCGGAGCCGCUGAAUGGGCGGUAUGCCGUCCCGGGUCGAUUUUACACGCUGAAGAAGGUGUUGGUUCUGUGCCUUUACCAUUACCGCCUGCUCCGGGUGAAGAAUCCUGCAAACUCAGAACGGCAGAAGAUGGGGCUGGGAAGUCGCAAAGCGGACAUUCGGGUUGAGAACAGAGUCGCUGGAGGUGGUGGUGGACUUGGCAAAAGUUCUCGGUCCUCUGUGGAAGAAAUGGAAUGCGUACAGAAGUUAGUAAAGGAUCCCAACGCUAUCGACUCUGUUUACUUUAUGGGAUUUACACAGACAGAUAAAACCUUCUUCAUUGUUCGUGUUUGCCGGAAACCAAAUGACUUGUGUGAAAUGUGGGUACUGCUUCGAGUUGAUGGAGUUGGAUGUUUCCAGCAUCCCAUCCACCCAGAUACAAUCUGUUCUUUGGACAACAAGAACUCCUGGAGUGGAGGUGGUCUAAAACUGGAAUGUCUGGAGCCACAUCGGCGAUGGCGAAUUUUCUUUAAUGGACUUCUGAGAAAGGGACCAUACAGGGAUACGUGGAUGGAAGAAGAAGGCGAGCUUCUGCAUGUCAGGAUGUCUUUUAUCUGGACAUCCUUUUCCACUGUCUUUGAUUUUGACACCGAUAUUCACCCAAGUGCCAUCGCUCAGAGCAUUGCCAAGGAGAAGUGGAGUUUAAAGUUCCUUGAAAAUCUGCGAACGUACAAUGAACAGCAGACACACUAUGAGCAGUGGGGUCAGUGCAUUGGAGAAAUUGAAAUUGAGGGAUAUGAAAGAAAGGAACUUCUUCUGCGUGGAGUUAGGGACCAUUCUUAUGGUAUCAGGAAUUGGGCUGAUAUGCAUCGGUAUAUUUUGAUUCUUGCACAUUUUGAGAAUGGAUUAUCGGUGAAUUUAAUAGCACUAUCCAUUUCUGCAACCACUACAAACAUGAAAAUCGGCUUUGUGAUGUUUCCAAAUGGGAAGAAGGCAGGGAUUGACUGGUCGGAUAUCUCUUUGGCAGACAUGGCUGAUGACGGGGUCAUUGCUGACCUGUACAGAAUCAGUUUUACAGCAGAUAACCAACUAUUUAACCUACAAGUGUCCAUUGAUAGGAGUGCUUCCGCAAUAAUGUAUGGAGGACUGUCAUGGGAAAGUCAAAUCCAUGAGUGUGUGGCCAACUAUCGCUUGAAUUUAACUGUUCGUGGCUGGGGCAUAGCUGAAUUUCAUUACAGAAAUGAAAGUGGUCGACAGGCGCGAGACUCAGUCCCAGCUAAAAGGUUCCAGGAACCUGUGGUGCCAGCAGGCUCCAGGCUGGUACUGUCAUUCUCCAGUGAGGCGUGCCGAUGCCCUGCGGUGGUGGGUGGUAAAGGAGCUCAGCUGGCACAGCUGACAGAAAUGCAGAAAUGCUUCAGAAUGCAAUUUUUUGUACCUAUAGGUUUCUGUGUCACUACUGCAGCCCUAGAAUACCAGAUGGAAAUGAAUACCAGUCUCCAGCAAGCUGUGGCAGAACUCAAUGAUGUGGCCUGCACUCGCAAAAAUGGAAACCUUUGUGAACUGUGCAAAAGAUGUGUCGAGUUAUUCAAAAUCACCAAACUGGCUCCAGAGAUAGAAAGUGCCAUUUGUGAUCAGCUGGCUGAGCUGAAGCUGCUGGGAACCGAAGAGCGAUUGGCCGUCAGGUCCAGUGCAGUUGGGGAGGACGCAGAGGAUUCGUCUGCUGCCGGGCAGCUUAGCACCGAACUGGGAUUGAAAGGCUUUGAUCAGGUGUGUGAUGCCGUUCGAAAAUGCUGGGCCUCUCUCUACACCUUCCAAGCUGUGCAAUAUCGCAGACAGCGGGGACAACCCGUGCCAUCAAACAUGGGUGUGGUCAUCCAACAGAUGGUAGCAGCCCAGACAGCAGGUGUACUGUUUACGUGCCAUCCUGUCACAAGACAUUCGGGCAGAAUGAUUAUCAAUGCAAACUAUGGUCUAGGAGAGUCUGUGGUGAGUGGCCUUGCUGAACCUGACACUAUCACCCUCUCGUGCAGUCUGAAGGGGCAAUGUCACAUCCUCAAGAAGGAGGUUGGAACAAAACAGCAACAGAUUCGACAAGCAGGUGAAGGUGGAGUUAUGGUCAAAAACACUUUAGUUUCAGAUGCUUCAGAAUGCUGCAUGACAGAGGAUAUGAUUCUGAGAUUAGGACAAGUGGCUUUUCAGGUGCAAAAAAUGUACAGAACUCCAAGAGAUAUUGAGUGGGCAGUAAAAGAUACUUGCAUUUACUUACUUCAGGCCAGACCAAUAACGACAUUUAACAGUAUGUCAGAGUUUGAGUUGAUACACGAGUUUGACUCUCCCUUGGCUACUGACUAUGAAUGGAUGACAACUUCAAACAUAGGUGAAAUGAUGCCUGGAGCUGUUUCACCUCUGACAAUGAGCACCUUUGUGAGAGCCGUUGAAUAUGCAAUACAGGAAUUUUCCAUUAAAGCCGGAGGAAUUCCCUGCUUCUCACCAUAUAACCAUAAGUUCCUGGGCAUCUGCUGUUCCCACUUGUUUAUGAAUCUGAUGAGCAUAAAUAGUAACAUGGAACAGAACAACAUCAUUACAAGGAAGAAGAUGAAUGACUUUGAACUGCUGGGAAGGGUGCUGAAUGAAUUAUCAUUACAUGAUGUUGCUUUAAUCUAUGGGAAAUCACCCUUAUGGAAGAGAGUUAUCAAUGCAAUUAGAUAUCUACAGUAUAUGCUAACUGCUGGGUCACGGGUAAACAUAUUAAUGAAGAAGAUGAAAGCUUACCAGAUUCAACCCGCAAGCAAUGCACAAGAGUUCUACUUCAACAUAGAUCGGCAGCUAUCUGACUAUUUUGAGGCAUGGUGUACAUCAAUUUCAAAGUCAAGUAGCUCUGGAAUGUGGAAUGCAGUUCUUGUGUCAGUUUUGUCAGGAGGGAAAACAAAAUGGACUUCAGAACUUCUGGCAGAUGUUGCAAUAUUGUACAGCACAUGUUCAGACGUUGUGUCUGCUGAUAUUCCAGUAUCUAUAGAGGGAAUAACUGAAGCAAUUCGAGCCCAGGGAAAAAGUGCCGACUUUCUCAAGCUGGAUGCAGAGACUGCAAUAUCUUGGCUGCUGUCUCGGGAGAGUGGUGAAGCUGGUCUGAAAUUUCAGAAUUUCUUGCAGAAGCAUGGCUUCCGCUGCCUCAGAGAAGCUGAAUUGUGCGAAAAGUCAUGGAAAAGUGAUCCAAAAAAGCUACUGCCAGCAAUCCAGGCAACUUUGCAGAGCACCAACUCUGGUGUUGAAAAACCAACAUUGUCUCCAGGGGAAGCAAUUGGUUCCCUGAAGUCUAACAUUACAUGGAUUAGAAAGAUUAUCCUGCGUUUGGUGUUGCCAAAAGCAAGUAAAGCCGUUGCUAACAGAGAAUUACUAAAGGCUGAAGCAAUCAGAAUGCACGAUGUCUUUAAGACUGCCUAUUGGAAGUUAGCCAAACUUAUGGUACAGGAGGGUUAUUUACCAGAUGAGGACCUGCUGUUCUUCCUAACACAUUCAGAAAUUGGACAGAUUCUUCAGCAGAGAUCAGCAACAAUGAUCAGCAGAGCCCAGCAUCGGAGAAAAUUACUGGGGAAACAAAUGGAUCUACAGUUCAAGGAAAUAAGCAUCAGUAAACCUCAGCCAAUCGAUCAAUAUCGAAGUGGGACAAACAGAACAAAGAUCAUACUGAAAGGAAUGACGGUGAGCCAAGGGAUUGUAAAGGGAACAGCUCGUGUUGUGAAAACGAUUCAGGAAGCUGUCUGCAUCCAACAAGGGGAUAUUUUAAUUACAGCAAGCACAGACAUAGGCUGGAGUCCAUACUUUCCUCUGCUCAGAGGACUGAUCACAGAAAUUGGAGGACUGCUAUCACAUGGUGCUGUAGUUGCACGAGAAUAUGGGAUGCCAUGUAUUGUAAGCUGUAGAAAUGCAACAAGUUUGCUCCAAUCAGGUGAUACUGUGGUUCUCAAUGGAACAAAGGGAACAGUGCAGAAAAUUGAAGAGAACUGAAAAAGGUUCCAUACACUCUCCAGGAGGGCAUGGAAGCAGGAAGUUACAAUACCAGAGGAAACUAGUAUACUCUAACUAUCCUGCUAAUGUCAGCAUGUCUGAUAGUUGCAACAUUAUUAUCAAGAGGCUUGAAAAUAUAAAGGCAAAUGCAGUUCAAAGCAUCAACUCUUCAAUAGUCACACAAAAACAAUAUUUGUAUUUGUUACAAGCUUUAUCAAGAAACACAGGAGAGCACUGGGUACUGCAAAGGCUCUGGUGGUAAAACAUCCUGAGUGUAGUAAUGACGACCUCCACUAUAGAACCAACUGUUUCUCUAGUUUAGCUGUUCCAAACCAAUUACAAUACAGGCAUCCAAACAGCAAUGUGGAAAAUUGCACACUAUGUUUGUUUACAGACCUUCUCAUGGAUUAUAGAGAAGGAUAAUACAUUUUUUAUUUUAAUUUAUUCCUUUUCUGGCAUCUGGUUGUUGAAAAACUCAGCAUUUAUUGCCGUUUCCCAAUGCCCUUGAGAGGGUUCUUAAACUGCUGCAGUCUUUCUGACGAGGAUACCCUCACAAUGCUGUUGUGGAGAGGUCCCAAUAUUUAGAUCUAGUGAUGAUGAAGGGACAGUUUCACAUUUCUAAGUCUGGUUCAUGAGUGAUUUGGAGGGGAACUUGCAGACGGUAGUGUUCCAUUGCCCUCGCUGCUUUGGGUAGUAGAUGUUAGGGUGUGGGAGGUGCUGUCAGAGUAGCCUCAGUGAGUAAUUGGUGUAGUUUGUAAUGGUAUACACAGCAUCCACUGUGCACUAGUGUGGUGGAAGUGAAUGUUUAGGGUGCUGGAUGAGGUCCCAAUUAAGUGGGCUGCUCAGUUCUGGAUGGUGUCAAGCUUCAUGAAUGCUGUUGGAGUUGCUCCUAACUUGUGUUUCAUAGAUGGCAUCAGGAGUGAGUCACUCACUGCAGGAUACCUGGGCUAUGACCUACACUUGUAUUUAUGUAGCUUGUCCUGUUGAGUUUCUGACCAAUGCGACCCCCAGGAUGUUGAUGGCACAGACUCAAUGAUGGUCAUGCCAUUUAAUGCCAAUGAUAUUGCCUGGCACUCUGAUGGCAUGGAUGGCACUUGCUAAUUAUUGAACCAUACCCAAAUGUUGUCUCAAAGUUGCUACAUGCAGGUGUGGACUGCUUCAUUUGUUGAGUUGUGAUGAAUGGAAUUGAACAUGUAUAAUCAGUGAACUGGCAUACUUCUCAACACUUUGGGAGGGGGAAAUGGGGUACCUUCACCAGACGUACUGCAGGAUUUUAAGGCAGCAGUUUACCAUCACCUUCUACAGCAUAGGUGGGGAUGUACAAUGAAUGCAGGUAAUGCCUGCAUGAAACUAAAAAAGUCUCAAUUAUUUAUCAAUGUUCAAGGUUAAUCGUAAUGGAUUAUUAUACUAUUAUGUACUUUAUUAUAACUUACAGUAUUUGCUUAUGCCUUGUACAAUUGAAUUAUUCACACUUAUUCUUAGUAAAAUCAUACCAAAAAGUUACCAAUAUUUUUCAUUCAAUUUUGUGGAUAAAAGAUUAUUUUUAUGAUAUUAUUGUAUUAAA